AUGAAGAGGCUGCAGCUCCAACGAUGGAGCAGCUCAGUCCUCUCACCGCGGGCUCGGAUUGUUAACCGUCUGCAUCAACACAUCUGCGGACAGCGGUAUCAAUCAACCGAUGCCUCCGCUCGGACAAGUGAAAUCCAGCAAAAUGAAUCAAUCUUUGAGGAACCAGCAGCCGUGAACCAACAGAGGUUGGAUCAAAUUGUGAAUGAAUCUCACAUUCGCCGCUCGCAACUUCGAUAUCCCUCUCCCCCGGUCGAAGCUGCUAAACAAUCCGCAAAGCUCGCCGCCCUUCACGCCCGACUUUACCUACCUUCCAGACUGCCCGUUGAGACCCUUGCACGGACGCUAGUUGAUGCGUCGGCCGACUCAAACCCGAAUUUCAACAAUGCCUCGCUGGCAACACUCGGUCAUGACCUCCUUUCCUACUAUGCAACCGAGCACCUUUUGUGCAACUACCCCCGUUUGCCAUUGACCGUAAUCUUCGCCGCUAUGUACGCAUACGCCGGCCCUAAGACGCUCGCCGCAAUGGCAAGAGAAUGGGGUGUCGAGUUCGCCGCGAUCCCAGGUGGAGAAGUUGACCCUGGUCUUUUGCAAUUCCGGAGGCUCGAGGCUGGUGCUGAGGUUCCCUCGCCGCCGCCUAGUCAAACAGCUCGCCCAUACGAAUCGCAGAAGAACUGGAGGAAAACGGUUACCUCCAAGAUCUUUUACGAUGAUGAGUUUGGUGACCCGCUCAAGGGUAACACUGAUGCCGCCGCCGGCGUCACCAGCGAACAGGCGAGUGCGGAGUUUGUCCGCGCGAUCAUGGGUUCCAUCUAUCUGCAUGCUGGUCGCGCUGCUGCCAAGCGAUUCUUUGAGCAGCACUUCCUAUCACGACACCUCAACAUCUCAGAAUUGUUCAAUUUCCACGCACCAGCCCGUGACUUGACCCGGUUGUGUGCACGCGAGGACUUCGAGCGACCAGUUGCCAAGAUCAUUAGUGAAACUGGUCGUAAGAGCAGACACCCCGUUUUCGUGGUUGGUAUCUUCUCUGGCCAGGACAAGCUUGGGGAGGGCGCUGGCGCCAGUCUGGUUGAGGCCCGUGAGCGUGCUGCUGUUGCCGCCCUCAAGGGUUGGUACCUUUACAGCCCUAUCUCUGUCCGUGUUCCCAGUGCGAUGGAGGAGCCAUCCGCUGCGCCGUGGAAGCCAGUGCAUGUUGAUUUGGGUGAGGUCAUUGUUUAA